UCUCAAUUUUCAGAACCUUAUCAUCAAAUCCAGAUUCAGUCAUAACCUUAAUUGAAAGUUCUAAAUUGAUUAAACUCUUCGUUUUACAUCUCAUCACUGAAGUAAGCUCCCAUCAGUACUCUUAGAUCUUGAGAUAAAAACUCCCAAAUUCUAUAUUUUCAAAUCUAAAUCUGAAAGGAAAAUAUCUUUCGUGCUAGCAUGGAACAGAGGCCACAUUAUGUUAUCCAAAUUUUAGUCUAUUCCCAGGGGUCUGCCUAAAAUUUAAACACAAUUCUAAAUUUCUAAUUGUAAUCAAGUACAGUACUCGGUUUCCAUAUUUUGUUUGGUUUCCUAUUUUUAGUUUUUUGAAAAAGCUAUAAAUAUGUAAUUCUGUUUAGUUCUUUUGCCGAUACCGGAACUCCAAACCUUAAUUCUGCAACGAUGAAAGUCCCUAUGGGUCCUCCACCUCCUGUAAACCCUAAUCCCCCAAAACUUGAUUCAGAUUCUGUAACAAUGAAGGUACCCAUGGGUCCUCCACCUCCUAAGAACCCUAAUCCCCCCAAAAUUGAUACAGAUUCUGUAACAAUGAAGGACCCUAUGGGUCCUCCCCCUCCUGUAAAUCCUAAUCCCCCCAAAAUUGAUGCAGAAAUUGAUGGAGGAAUUCAGAAAAACACUACAACCUGUACUGCUGCUGCAACCACUUCUACUACUAAGUCCAGUGAACCUGUUAAUGUUGCAAUUCCAUAUACAAUUCCUCCAUGGAGUGCUCCACCUUGUCAUCCUUUCUUUGUUGAGGUUCUCAAGGAUGGAUCAAUAAUUGACAGGUUUGAUGUGUCGACGAAGGGGGCAUAUAUGUUUGGGCGUGUUGAUCUAUGUGAUUUUGUUCUUGAGCACCCAAAAAUUUCUAGGUUUCAUGCUGUUCUCCAAUUUAAACCAAGUGGAGAAGCAUACCUGUAUGAUCUUGCAAGUACGCAUGGCACUUCUAUCAAUAAGAAUCAGGUGAAGAGAAAGACAUACACGGAUUUGCAUGUUGGUGAUGUGGUGCGAUUUGGCCAGUCUUCUCGAAUGUAUAUAUUUCAAGGACCUUCGGAGCUGAUGCCACCGGAAGGUGACUUGAGUAAGAUUCGAAGUGCUGCUAAGAUUCGUGAGGAAGUCCGAGAUCGUGAAGCUUCACUUCGUCGAGCUAAACUGCAAGCAUCUCUUGCUGAUGGUAUUUCAUGGGGUCUUUCAGAAGAUGCAAUUGAAGAAGCCAAGGAGGAAACAGAAGAAAUUACCUGGCAAACUUACAAAGGGCAGCUUACUGAGAGGCAGGAGAAGACACGUGAAAAAAUUAUCAAGAGAACUGAGAAGAUAGCGCAUAUGAAGAAAGAGAUUGAUGCAAUUCGAGCUAAGGACAUAUCUCAAGGUGGAUUAACACAAGGCCAACAAACUCAGAUUGCUCGGAAUGAACAACGAAUGUCUCAGAUCCUGGAAGAACUUGAAAGCUUGGAGGAGACCCUGAAUGAUAGUAUCCAAGAAAGUCUAGGGGCACGCGGCGGGAAAAGACAUGGUAAGAACAAAGGAGCUACAGAGGACGAAGAAGAAGCUGUAAGCGAUGAGGAUGACUUCUAUGACCGUACAAAGAAGAAGCCCAUAUGCAAAACUGGUGAAAACAAGUCAGUUGAAACAGCCGAUUCUCUUCUUGAUAAGAAAGAUGCCAUCAUAAGUGAAAUGGAGAUCAAAGCAAGUUUACUAUUGAGUGAGAAAAAUAAAAGGAUACCAGAAGUUGCGCAAUCAAGUGAAGGUGGAGAUGAAAGUGGAGAUGCCCUUGAUGCUUACAUGACUGGGCUUUCAUCCCAACUAGUGCUUGAUACUACCACACAACUUCAGGCAGAAAUAUCUUCUCUCCAGACCGAGCACGACAGAAUCCUCUACUUGCUGAAAAUCGCAGAUCCAACAGGUGAAGCUUCUAAGAGAAGAAUAUCAAAAAUUGAGGUGUCAAAAUCUAAAGAAGCGGGUGUUAUUUCUCCUGUCACAGAGAAACAACCAGUAGAAAAGAAGAAGAGCUCUACUACAUUACAGAAGCCCAAAGAUGGUCCCAUCCCGGAAGCAGGAAUUAGUCCUAGUAUCAUUACUACACAAGAACCUAAGCCUCUAAAGAAACAAGAAACUGAUACUGGAGUAAACGAAAGUAAAGCUGCUGUUUACAUAGCCACCAAACCUGUAUGGCUCGGAGCAAUGGAUGACAUAAAAAAGGAAGAUUCUAACCCAGUGGAAGUUCCAUCAGAUACGAACGAACCAGAUCAAUUUAUUGAUUAUAAAGAUAGGAUGAAAGCUCUUGCCAAGGUAAGUGAUUCUUCAAUGACCUCGGAGAUGGAGAUUGAAAAUGCUGCCCCUGGUUUAAUAAUAAGGAAACGGAAGCAUGUGGAGAAACCUACUCUGUCAGUGCAAACUGCUGCAUCGACGGCUGCUGAUGCUGUGGCGUUGUUGUUGAAGCAUAAAAAAGGGUAUUUGGCAUCAGAUGAGCUGGAAGAACAUGGAAGCACUGAAAUUGUUGCUCAUCCCAAAACAGAAAUGAAGUCCAGAAGAGUUGUUGGCCCAGAGAGACCUAAAUUUCUUGAGAAUAAUAAUCCAGACUAUGAGACUUGGGUGCCUCCAGAAGGACAAUCGGGUGAUGGCUGGACAUCGUUGAAUGAACGCUAUGGUUACUAAUUUAGCACUCAUUCGUGAUGUUUCUCUAUAAUGUAGGUACCAGAAAACAGGGGCAACACUAGCGCUAACCGAAAACAGGGAGCUGAAACUGAACUACCGGAAGCUCAUCAUCUUUGAAUAUUUUAUUAUUAUGGAAUUUAAUGGUAUGAAAAUUCAUAGAUUCAGGUUUUUAUGAAAUUGAAUUUUCAAAUGGAAAAUACCAAUAAUCAAGUAGACAGAUUAGG